AUGGAUUGGCUCCCUCACCGAACGGCUGCUUUUCUGUUCCUUUUGUUGGUACUCUUGGAUUUCAGCACAGGAUUUCAUGUAGAGGUAAAAGAAUGGGAUGAAAAUGGAAUGGCAAGAUGGAAAACCUUUAGAAGACAAAAACGUGAAUGGAUCAAAUUUGCUGCAGCUUGUAGAGAAGGAGAAGAUAAUUCCAAGAGGAAUCCAAUUGCCAGAAUCCGAUCUGAUUGUGAAGAAGACAAUCCAAUCACAUACAGCAUCUCUGGAGUUGGAAUUGAUCGUGCACCCUAUGGAAUAUUUGUUGUUAACCCAAGAACAGGAGAAAUUAAUAUAACAUCAAUAGUGGAUAGGGAAAUAACACCAGUAUUUGUUAUACGUUGCUUUGCUAAACACUCAGUGACCGGUAUAGAUUUGGAACCACCUCUUGAACUUCGAGUCAGAGUCCUGGAUAUAAAUGAUAACCCUCCUGUAUUUGCACAAACUGUAUUUACGGGAUCUGUUGAAGAGAGCAGCAUGGACAACACACUGGUGAUGAAAAUCAUUGCAACUGAUGCAGAUGAACCUAACCACUUGAAUUCUAAAAUUGCCUUCAAAAUAGAGAGUCAGGAACCUUCUGGUCCACCUAUGUUCAUUAUGAAUAAAUACACAGGCGAACUCCAUCUUGCAAAUUAUCUUGACAGAGAGCAACAUAGUAGCUACACUCUGGUUGUGAAAGCAUCAGACCGGGAUGGCGCUGCAGAUGGAAUAUCAUCCCUUUGUAGCUGUAACGUGAAAGUUAUCGAUGUUAAUGACAACUUUCCGACUCUUGCUCAAAGCUCUUUUUCAGCAAGUAUUUCAGAAAAUUCACUCAGUUCAGAACUGCUACGAAUACAAGCUCUGGAUGCUGAUGAAGAGUUUACAGACAAUUGGUUAGCAGAGUUUUUCUUUAUAUCCGGUAAUGAAGAUAACUGUUUUGAAAUUGUUACAGAUCGAGCUACAAAUCAAGGAAUCCUUAGAGUAAUUAAGGAGCUGGAUUUUGAAUAUAUGCGAACUCACUCCCUGAUGAUUGGCGUCAGGAAUGUAGCUGCAUUCCACCACUCUGUUGCACAUGAGUACCAAAUAUUUGGGACACCCCUCACAGUAGAAGUAAAAAAUUUGAUUGAACCACCAAGAUUUCAUCCAUCUUCAGUUGUGUUUUCCCUGCCAGAAAGUGCAAGAGUGAAUUAUGUUGUAGGAACAUACACAGCCAUGGAUGAGGAUACUAGAACCAUUGCAACAAAUGUUGUAUAUAGUAUAGGACGUGAUCCAGCUGCCUGGUUCAGAAUCAAUCAAAACACUGGUGAAAUCAUACUGAACAAAGUAAUUAACCGGGAUUCAGUCUAUGUAGUCAAUGGGCAGUACCAAGCAGAGGUUCUGGCUAUCACCAGAGGGGUUCCUCGAUAUACUGCUACUGGCACCAUUGUGCUUUCAAUAGAUGGCAUCAAUGCCAAUUGCCCAACUAUUAAUACUGAAAUGAGGAAAGUAUGUAUGAAUUCCCCAUCGGUGAUUAUCUCAGCAAAGCAUAGGGAUGGUGAUCUCUAUGCUACCCCCUUCACAUUCAGCAUACAUGGUGAACCUCAGACUACAUGGAUUAUCAGACGAAUAAAUGAUUCCUCUGCAGAACUAGUGGGCCAGAACAUAGACUUUUACCUUUAUAGGAUCUAUGUAGUUGUAAGAGAUAGCCAAGGCCGGCGCUGUGCUCGACCACACAUAAUUCCUGUGCAAGCUUGCCAGUGUGAUAGUCGGAACUACUGCACCAGUGGGGCCACAAGAAUAAUCAUCAUCGGUGGUGGUGGCUCUGGAGGUGGCGCUGGUGGUGGUGGCGCUGGUGGUGGUGGCGCUGGUGGUGGUGGCGGCACUACUGGUGGUGGUGGUGGUGGCACCGGUGGAGGAGGCCGGGAAGAUGGAGGACAACAAGGUGGUGGUGAUCAUGGCCAGACUAGACCUGGAGGAGAUUAUGACGACCACACAGACUGGCAGGGUUACACUGAUGGCUAUGAUGGAGGUGAGGAUGCAUAUACUGCCUCCACUGAUGACAGUUACGCUGGAAAUGAUAAUUACGGCAGGCAAUUCGAAUCAAAUACCACACUUAGUGGUGCUGCCAUUGGCCUGAUGUUCCUCGGUGGAUUAAUAUUUGUUUUGAUUCCAAUUUUGAUGUCAAUGAGCGACUGUUGUGGCUGUGGACCUGGUGCUGCAGGUGGAGUUGGAACUGGAUUUGAACCUGUACCUGAAUGUACAGAAGGGGCAAUUCAUCCAUGGGGAAUAGAAGGUGCACAGCCUGAAGACAGGGAUGUCUCACACAUUCUUGCCCCAACAACCGCUGCAGGAGGUGAUUUUGGUGAACCUUCUGACAUAUAUAAUAACACAUACGGAGGAGGAGGAGUAGUAGCCUCUGGUGUUGAAGAAACUACGGGUGUUGGCUAUGGCACUGGUACUGGCUACGGAACAGCUGGAGGAAUUUCUGGAACAGGGGAAGCAAAAGGGUCAAUAGGAGGAACAAUCAAAGAGUAUCGAGAAGGGGGAGUGAACAUGGCCUUCCUAGACAACUAUUUCUCUGAGAAAGCAUUUGUGUAUGCAGAUGAAGACGAAGGUCGGCCAGCAAAUGACUGCCUAUUAAUCUAUGAUCAUGAAGGAGUCGGUACUCCUGUUGGCUCUGUGGGUUGCUGCAGCUUUAUUGGAGAAGACACAGAUGAAACAUACUUGGAUACAUUAGGACCAAAAUUUAAGACCCUAGCAGAGAUCUGUCUGGGCAAAGAGAUCGAACCUUUCCCUGAUGCUAACCCACCCUGGCCAGGCGUCAACAUUCCCUUCCCCAGUCCUGAAAGUGAUCUAAACCUCCCGCCACCUGGCACCACCAUCGUUGUCAAUGGAAGCGCACCUAUGCCUGGCGCCGCUGGCACCACAACAGUUGUUACUGAAAACACCUACACAUCUGGGACAACCAUACAGCACCCGAGGCCAAUGCCGGAUCCCUUGCUCCAUGGCAACAUGACGGUGACCGAGACCUACACCUCCAGCUCACCCUCACUUUGCGUUGACCCACUGCGUGCCUCCAAUGUCGUUGUGACAGAGAGGGUUGUCGGGCCUGCGUCUGCCUCUGAUUUGCGUGGCAUGCUCGAUAUCCCUGAUCUCACAGAGGGCUCCAAUGUUAUCGUCACGGAAAGAGUAAUUGCGCCUAACUCCCGACUCCCGGCAUCUCUGAGCAUUCCUGAUUUGGUAGAUGGGUCAAACGUGGUAGUGACAGAAAGGGUGUUCAGGCCUGCCUCCGGCAUGCCGGGCAGCCUAAUAAAUAUUCCUUCAGAGUUAUCCAACACUCACAACGUGGUGGUCACAGAGAGAGUAGUGUCAGGGGCUGGGAUGAGCAGCAUGGGAGGAACAAGCCUGGGAGGAGCAAACCUGGGGAGCCUGAGCAGCACAGGUCAGAUGCUCAGUGCCGAAUGUCAUCUUGGUCAGGGAAUGGGCAUGGCAUCUCCUGGCACCUCCCGGAGACGAAUGACAAAGUACAGCACCAUGCAGUACUCCAGUCAGUAA